CAUAUCUUAACAUGGAAGGCAACAGGGACAUAAAAAAUGUGUUUAAAAACCAGGGAAAUAUUUCCUGCCUAAAGGAUGUGUCAGAGAAUGGUGGUGAUCUAAUUCAUUUUAACACAACAGUUAGUGUCAGUGCUGGAAAAUCAGAGAGAUACUGCAGCAAGCAGGUGCAUUUCAGCGCCCCAGAUCCUGUCGCUUAUCGCACUGACAACUGCUGCCGUAGCACAGGAGAGGCUGUUCCUGGUGUGUGUGCGGGAGGUGCCCACACGUGUGAAGAGAGCGAGCGACGUGAACCUCUAACCACGAGUGCUCCGUGCAAUGAGCAGGCAGAGAUUCCUGCAGUCAAUCACUGUUGUUUUGUAAAAGAAGAUUCUGAAAAUUCUGGCACCCUUCUGGAGAUUCAUCCAAAGAAAAGUCUAAGCAAUGACUUUUCUGAUGAUAACUUUGAGUGUUUUGAAUGUUCAGAUGUGCUGACAAGGCAUGAAAAUGAAAUCUGGGAAAAGAAAUUACAGUUUUUAUUAGAAAGUGAUGAUGAAGACGAUUUAAAACUGAGUAAGGAUUGUGAUGGGUGUGCUUACUUCCUCGGCGAACUGCCUUGUCUGCUUCAAGUGUCAGAUAACACUGCGCCUAUGGAUGCCACCAUUGGCUUCUGUGGUCAUCACUCAAAAUUCAAAGGAGUAAAUGUAAGGAGAGAUCCCUCUGCCAGGCAGGCAACUUUGCAGUCAGACAUGACUCUCACUGUUGGAGCCCACCAAGACAAAGCGGCUGCGCUGAGAGACAGAGAGAAGUACAAGCUGCCCGUUGCUUCUGCGGCCAUCGAAAACGACUAUCCCGGGAUUGAGGAAGGGAAGAAUGGAAGUGGUCACUCAGCUGCGGACGUCUCCACCAACAAGUCACAGGACAGGGGUAACCUGCUUGCACAAGUGGACUCCUCUGCUACUCAUAUAGGUGCUUCUUUGGCAAAUCAGGCUACAGAGGCAGCAUCAGAAAAAGAUAUGGACGAGGACUUGCCAGGUGACCAUGCAUUGCAACUAGAGGAGGAGAGAAGAACUUUAUCAGAGGAAAAAUCAAGGCAUGCUGUCUGUACCUUAGCAGAAAAUCUACGGAGAAACCUUCUGAAGCUGUUGAACCCUAAAGAGCUUUGCAGAUACGUGAGUAGCAUGGGGCAACCGUUGCAGCCUGCAGCUGCGGCUGGGGAAGGCAGUGAGGAAGGUGCCGUUGCAGCGCGGAUCCGUGCGGAGCCGGAAGGCUCGCAGGGGCAGCCUGGUCCGUGUCAGAGAGGAGAGGCAGAUAAGGACUGUCACUGGGAAUGGAAAAGGACCUGGGGCCUCUGUGAGCAAAACCAGGUGCCAGAUGAGAGCGUCUCGUCCCGGAGCCAAGAUGCCAGUCCCAAUAACUUUAGCCAGAACGAUGCAGGACGAUGCAUGGAGCCUGGCACAGAGGAGGAAGCUGUCUUCAUGCCUGGUGAGAGUGCAGUCAGCACCGAGCCAGCGUCAGAGAUGCUCUGCCCCGAAAACGCACUACGAGCAAAAGAUGCAGCUUUACAAACGUACUCUCAACACCACGAUCCGUGUCAUGAGAGUGAAAGUCAUCAGCAAGAAUUCCCCUGGGAACAAGGAAUUAAUACUACUAGCAAUGGCAGCAAGUCAACGAAUGACAUUUCAGCUUGUUCUUUAUGGGAUGCAGGCUCUGCUCCUGACAGACAGGAAUAUUUAUGUGCACUUCAGUCUCCCGCAAAGCUAUGCAAUGAGCCAGAGGAGAGAGGGCAAAGGGGCAGUUUUGACUCACAUCGCAGCAAUGACACAGAUGCUCUCCAUGUUGUAUCAUGUGCAGAAUAUCAGCUUGAAGCUGGCGGCGAGACAGUCCAGGAAUCUGGAGAAGACGGGCACAAAAGAGACGCUGAUUUAUUGGCAGUGCAUGACAGGCUGUGGAAGCUUCUUGUUGAAGCUGACUCAGACUGGCAGGUCCCAUUUGAAAACCGGGGGAUCACAAGUUUAGAAAUUAGGCCAAAGGAUGUCACAGGCACAGGACUGAGCUUAGUACGGGAGGCUUGUCCUGGUCAUCCUGUGUCAGUGAAUUUAAGAGAAGAGCAGGAACCUAUUAUACAGCCAGCUAGGAGACAAAGAACGGAGAAAGAAGAUUGCAGUGUCUCUAGUACCCUCCUAAAAACAGAUGAGGCGUGUAACAGUGCAUGCAUAGGAAACAUUUCUUUUUUACAGGGCGUAGAAACAGUUGGUACAUGUCAAGGUUCCAGCACUGGAAAUAAAAAAGAACCACCAGCCACUCAUAUUUCAGCAAAUAGAGUAUUAAGUGUAGAGAAGUGCUUGGAGCGAAAAACAGAUCGAACAUUAACUGGCGAUGGUGGCUCUGCUGGGAUGUCUGCUGCCCAGGAAGGAACGCCACCCGCUAGCGCUGCUCUGCAGACCCAUCACGGGGAUUCUCCUCAAAGAGUAAGAAGUGCUCGGAGUCGUGACGAAGAAAAACCACCUUAUAUGUCAGAUGAGUCUGCUGGACGAUUACUUCAUACUGAUCAGAACAUAUCCUUGAUAGAUGAAAGUAUAACUAAAUGUACAGAUGCAGAUACUGGUGAACACUCUAGUGUUAGAGACUGUUAUUCAUCAAGAAACGAACUUGCUUUUUUCCCUGAACAGAAGGACUUUUUCCCCAGAAAUUACUGUGAUGAAAACGUCAGUCAGUUUGCACAUGACGAACACUUUUCUGUUGAGGCUAUACCUAAAAGUACUGAAGAGAAUUUACAGGGAAAAGGAAAUCACUCAGACUUGAACACACAGAGUGACAUGAAUUCUGACUGUUACCGUCUUUCAAAAAAUGACUGUAAAGAUUUUCAAGUCGUUUCUAGUACACAGAAUUGCAGUUACCUAAUGAAAUGGCCUGAUUUAAGUGAGACUCCUGAAACCAGAACAUGUAGGAAUCUACCCCAAAACAUACACCAAGGGGCAGAGAUAGAAGGGCACAAAGAGGCAUUCAUUCCAUCUAAUGAGGAUCCAUUUUUAGCUGAUUUUUUGGUAGAGGUGCCCCAAUACGAACGAAAUGAACAAAAGGCUGGUGCUUCCUGUGGCACAGGAGUUAGGCAUGUUUCAGAAGGUCAGCCUGCAGAUUCCCCUCACAGAACAUCAGAACAACAUGUACUUUUUGUUGACCAGACUUUCAAGCCUCCUGAAAUGUUCAAAACAAAUUCUUCCCAGAAUCACGCACGUGCACCUGGGCACACAACCCCGCUUAGCACCGCAGAGCCUGGUGCAAAUGAGCAGCAUGAAGGCACCAGUGACCAAGUGGGUAUCCAGCCACUGACCGUCGGGGGGGCAUCGCCCUUCCUUGUACCCCUGGGCCACUUGGAGGGCUCUAGUACCAGCACGUCAGCAAUGGGAUGUUCCAACACAGGCAGUCCAGCACAGACAGAAUCCACACAAACUGCAGUCAAAGUGGAUGAAAAUUUGAAUAAAUUGGAAUUUUUUCCCGAAGCAUUGCAAGGUCAAUUCCAUAACGUACCCCAAAAGAACAAGGAUGAAACAGUAUUGCAGGGGAAAGAAGAAGAAACUCAGAGCGCUGAGGAAUGUAAUCCAAGCGAAGCUGUGGUCAAGCCUCUUGUGCAUGCUUUAGCUCUGCCUGGGGCUCGGGAGCAGCCUGGAGGAGCCGGCGGGAGCCCCGCGAGGAGCGAGGUGGGCCUGGCCCCGAGGGAAGACAGGAAAGAGCAGAGGAGGCUGCUCUGCAGAAAGGACAGCAAAGCUCCCAAACUGGUGAAGAGGAUACAAGCAGAGUUAUUCCCUGACUGUUCUGGAAACAUUAAGUUAUGCUGCCAGUUUGGUGACAUCCAUGGCGACUCCACCGUUACUUGGACUAAGGAUUCCAAGUUGCUUGCUCGACUGCAGAGAAGUGCCCAGGAUGACACUCCCAUCUCUUUGGCAAUAGCUAAAGCUAGUAGCAAAGACCAGGGAAUGUAUUAUUGCUGUCUGAAGAAUAUUUAUGGGAAAGUGACUGCUGAAUUUAAUCUGACUUCUGAAGUUUUGGAACAUCUCUCAAGUUUUCAGAAUUUUGAGGGUCUGGAAGAAAUCGAAUUCAUGCAGCUCAUGUUUCGGGAGGAUUCCAUCAGCGAUAGCUAUUUUGGUGGGAACCUGCGCGGCGCGAUCGCCACGGAGGAGCUGCACUUCGGGGAGGGCAUGCACCGCAAGGCCUUCCGCAGCAGGGUGCUGCGCGGCCUCGUGCCGCUCUUCGGCCCCGGCCACCCCUGCGUGCUCAAGGUGCACAGCGCCAUCAUGUACGGCGCCAGGAGCAAGGACGACCUGGUGCAGAAGAACUACAAGCUGGCGCUGCAGGAAUGCCAUGUCCAAAAUACGGCAAGAGAGUAUGCGAAGAUAUAUGCAGCAGAAGCUGAACCUUUGGAAGGCUUUGGGGAAGUACCGGAGAUCAUUCCUAUUUUUCUUGUCCAUCGCCCUGCAAAUAACAUCCCCUAUGCCACAGUGGAGGAGGAGCUGGUCGGGGAGUUUGUGAAGUACUCCGUCAAGGACGGCAAGGAGAUCAAUUUCCUGAGGAGAGACUCGGAGGCCGGCCAGAAGUGCUGCACCUUCCAGCACUGGGUGUACGAGAGGACCAACGGGAGCUUGCUCGUCACGGACCUGCAAGGUGUAGGAAUGAAGCUGACGGACGUUGGCAUAGCAACACUGACCAAGGGAUACAAAGGCUUUAAAGGCAACUGCUCCGUUUCCUUCAUUGAGCAGUUCAAAGUCCUUCACCAGUGCAAUAAGUACUGUGAGAUGCUGGGGUUGAAAUCUCUCCAAACCACUCAUCAGAAACAAAGGAAGCCAACGUCCACAAAAAGCAAAACCCUGCCAAACUCAGCAACUGUGAAGAAAGCAGUGCCCAGCGCCCAAGACGGUAAGAGAGCGGAGACCUCGUUGCUUCGGAACAUCGAGUAA